AAGUGGGCGGAGAUUCAGGACCCAGCGACUCCCCCGGUGUUUUGGUCCCUUUAGUAGAAAUAUUAGCUGCUCAACGGAGGUUUACGUGUUACAUAUUUACUUAAAAACAGCCGUUUGCACUCACAAGCGAACCAGAUGGACAGGACGGUGAGCCUUCCCCACCAACCGGACAGAAGCACAACCGUGACCCUGGUUGAAACCUGCAGCGUCCCCAGUGGCCUGGAGCUGGUCAGCUCCUACCAGACCAAUCGAGUGGGAGACCCCACAGACCUGUUGGCCCUGGCAGAACAAGUACAGAAGGGAGAUGAUUUCAUCAGAGCAAACGCCUGCAACAAACUGACAGUGAUCGCUGACCAGAUCCGAUACUUGCAAGAACAGGCCAGAAAGGUUUUGGAAGAGGCUAAAAGAGAUGCCGACCUCCACCACGCUGCUUGUAACAUUGUGAAAAAACCAGGCAACAUGUAUUAUCUGUACCAGCGGCCCUCUGGACAGAACUACUUCUCCAUCAUCUCUCCCAAGGAAUGGGGACCAAGCUGCCCACACCCUUUCAUCGGUGCAUUCAAACUUCAACAUGACAUGUCCUGGACUCCCAUAGAUGAGGUGGAGAAGAGGGAUGCAGAGUUCGCCAUCAUGGACAAGCUCAUCAGCCAUCAGACAGCCCUACCCUCGCAUACAGAGCCCAACUUCAAAGGCCUGUCUGAUUGAGGCUUCCAUUCAUAGUGGAAGGUAACUGUAGUCUUAAUGAUCAAUUUUCAUCGAAGAAAUUCCUCAAAUGGAUUUGACACUGAACUCACAUUAAUAUAAGUUUAUGAAUUUAUGGCGUCUCAUCAACAUUCAUCACAAAGAAGAGCAUCAGAGCUGCACUGUUCUCCACUAAACAUCAUCCAGUUAACAGUUUUUGCUCCUCACCUCAAAAAAUGAGUCUUAUCUUAAUGAGCUGUCAUCAUGAUACUAGUUGGCGUGUCACUAGAUGUGUGUGCAACCUGCGCGUCAAGAAGUGCUGCUAAAAGCUCCACUGAUCACCUGUGUGUCCUUCAGCUCACACACUAGACACUGUGGAAGCAUUUUUCUCUGAGCCACACAAAGACAAUUAUGUGUUUAAAUUGACUUCAUUAAUUCUUGGAUAUGAAAAUAAAGUGCAAUAAGUAUUUUAAAUCAAA